CCUGACCUCCGCCACGCCAUCUAUCCGUCCUCCAUGAAACUAGGCGUCCGCUACCACCUGCGUUCCCUGUGCGCCACGCCCCUCUGCACUGACGCCCUCGUGCUGUACCUGGCCGGCCCUACGCUCAACGACGGCACGCUCCUGCUGUGGGACCAGGACAGGAACGGACUGCUGCGAGGCGGGGAGGUGUAUAGCCCAAGGGAACUUUUGCGUGACCUGGAGAACUGCGCCGCCCGGCAGGUCACGCUGCUCGUCGACACGUCCUAUGCGGGGGAGAUCGUGAAGGCAUUCGCGCACUCCAAGAAACACAAGAAUGUCCAGGUUUACGCCGCGGGGGGGUCCGAUGACUACUCCUGGGGCACGGAGUUCACCAGACACUGGACUCACUACUCCCACACGCACUCCUGCACUCGCCAGGUCCAUGAGACGUCCCUGAGUGCCGUCCACCUAUCCACGCCCGCUUCCUUCGACGGCUCCAACGGCGAGCUGCGGAAAACCAUCUUCGGGGCGCCGUGUGACGUCUCGCCGCCCUUCUCCUGGCGGGAACUCCACCACAGCUACUUCGGCUGCCAGAACACACCCACCGCCAUCUGGCUUCGUGCUGGGGCUUCGAACUUCUCGCCCCCGGAUCUUCGAGACAUCAUCGACGAGUUCUUCCCGCCUCAGAUGGGGGAGACCUCCGCCAGCGAGCAGUGAGGGAGGGAGGGGGAACGAGGGAGGCAGA